UUGUAGACAAAGCUCAGUCACCUCUCUGUACCGGAUGGGAGAGCGGAGCGGAGCCGGGGAAGCGGAGGAUAUAGCAGCGAGUGCUGCGGACGGGGAAUAGUAGGGAUCUGUGUGCGCCCUCCUCCCCCCCCACACACACACAUACUGUGUAUAGAAAGUUGUGUGAUCCCCGGAGAGGGAGGAAGAAGUUCAACUCGAUGAAGGAGAGAAGGAGCAGCCAGAAACUGGCCAGCAAAUCCAUCAUGGAUCCCAACCAGAAUGUCAAAUGUAAGAUCGUGGUGGUGGGAGACAGCCAGUGCGGGAAGACUGCGCUACUACAUGUGUUCGCCAAGGAUUCCUUCCCAGAGAAUUACGUGCCCACUGUAUUUGAGAAUUACACUGCCAGCUUUGAAAUCGACACGCAGAGAAUAGAGCUGAGUCUAUGGGAUACGUCUGGUUCUCCAUAUUAUGACAACGUCCGCCCUCUCUCAUACCCGGACUCUGAUGCCGUCUUGAUAUGUUUUGACAUUAGCCGUCCUGAAACACUAGAUUGUGUUCUUAAAAAGUGGAAAGGUGAAAUUCAGGAGUUCUGUCCCAAUACAAAAAUGCUGCUGGUUGGCUGCAAGUCUGAUUUACGAACGGACCUCACAACUCUAGUGGAACUGUCCAAUCACAGACAGACGCCAGUGUCUUAUGAUCAGGGAGCCAAUAUGGCCAAGCAAAUCGCAGCAGCCACUUACAUCGAAUGCUCAGCCUUACAGUCGGAGAACAGUGUGAGGGACAUUUUCCAUGUAGCCACGCUGGCAUGUGUCAACAAGUCUAACAAAAAUCUCAAACGGAAUAAAACCCAGAGAACCACAAAGAGAAUUUCCCACAUGCCCAGCAGACCAGAGCUGACUGCAGUGGCCACAGACUUGAGAAAGGACAAAGCUAAAAGCUGCAGCAUAAUGUGAGGUAUCUCGGUGGCUGUGAGGUUUCUAUGAAGAUUUAGUGAAGGAUCAAUGAAGGGAGCGCUCAGAGGAAUUUGUUGGGUGAAGCCAAGUUGAAAAGGAUUUUCUUUACCAUUGGUACUCAAGGAUGCAGCAUGUUAGAACGGAACGUUGGGUUAUUUCUACAGAUGCUGUUUGGAGGGAAGCCACGUCAAACCAACCCCCAGAACUGAUUGGAACGUGUAGAUGGAUGGGGGAAAAUAUCAUCUCUUGAAAAAUGAUCGAUCUUGAAUUUCACUUAUUUCUCUUUGCAUUCUUGGCCAAAAUAAGAGUACCAUGCUUACGCAAUGCUGACUCUAGUGAUGCGGUUUGCACUCUGGAAUGUGAUCCUUUGACUCUUCUAAACGUGACCAUGGUGGUCUGUUGGGAUCUUCUAAAAAAGAAGGAACUUUUCUUGGUUUUCCCAUUUGUAUAACGUUCUUGCACAGCUACAUAGGCUAGAUAGUACAUGGUACUUUUUUUUUUUUUUUUUUUUUUAUGACCUAGCUUUUUAAUGUGAGUUUUAUUUUUAAGAUAUGUUUAGCUGUUCUUUAAACUGGGAAUAAACCAGCUAUUGAAAUGUAAUCGGCAGGCAGUCCAUUUUAUGACACUUAAAACUAAGAAGGUGCUACACAACGUGUCAGUUGGUCAUGUCCCUCCUGGGUCUCUGGAAAAGGAGUAGGCAUUUAAAGUCCAACCAAAACUUUGGCGUGGGCAAGAGUUAUAACGGGUUUUACCUAUUCCCACACUUGUCCCCAAAAUCAGGGAAA